AUGGACAAGAAAAAGAAGGGAAAAAAGGAUAAGGCUUCUAAAAAGGGUUUGCGAAAGGAGAAGAAAGAAGAUGAAACGGCGGGUGCAAAGUUGAUAAAGACAUCCGACUGGGAUGUGAAUGCACAAACUAGAUAUAUUGAAAAGGACGAAAAUGAUGACCCGGUUCCUAACGAAAUGCCCUUCACUGAGGAUGUGGGGAGUGAAGAAAUAAAUGGGAGGAAAAUGAAAAAGGAGGUUGAUAAGCUCCCUCAUAAUGGGAACAAUACAAAUAAGGGAAGAAGUGAAAUGGUGCGACGGUACACACAGGGUUGCAAAACUAAUAACGGAGAGGAAGAUGAUACGACGCUGUCCCCUUCAAAUGAAUUUAAGUUGACUAACCUGAAAAAUGAUGAAAUUUUCGAAAGCAAUCUUCCAAAGAGUAUAGGCGAAAUAUCACCUCUUAAAAGAACAGAUUUUUUUGCAGCGGAAAAGGGGAACGGUUUCCAUGUGAAUGAGCUCAACAAAAGUGUCCAAUUUUUAGAAGAUAUGAAAGGACUUAAAAUGAAGAAGCAGAGAAUGGACGACCUUGUUAUGAACAUUGGAAAUAAAAAGGAAAAUAAUAAGGGAACACCAAAUGGGCCCGACAGUUUAAAGGCUGGAACUAAGGGUGAAGUGACCUCCCAUAUCAAUAUUGAAGAAAAGGAAACCCUGUCCUACAAGCUGAAGAAGCAGAAAAAAAUUGAAAAAUACAAGCUGAGCAACGAAGAAAAAGAUAAGUAUAUGAAAAAGUACAUGCUCAAAUUGGAAAAGCAGUACAAAAAGAAAAAAGACGAAGAUUUAAAAAAGGAAGUAGAAGAACAGAAGGAGGAAAUAAAAAAAUAUCAAGAAAAGGAAAAUACGUUCCUUAAUUAUUUAAAGAACCCCAGAUUGAAUUUGUCCAAAACGGAGGAUUUGAAUGACUACUUGUGUAUUAGUCCCACUACAGUAUACUUUACAGACGUAACCAAAGAUGAAACGAUGACGAAAGACCUGCUAAUAACGAACAAAGGAAGUACGCUCCUACACGUCAUCAUAGUGCCACCAUCAACGAGCCACUUUCACAUAAAAGAUAUCAUUAAUGUGUACAACAAAAAUGAGGAGAACUCGAAGAAUAAUUUGAACAAUCAAAUAGCGCCUGGACAUUCCUUGAAGAUCAAAAUAGGUUACAGCGUUUUCACCCUGAAGCAUCAAAGCGACCAAAUAAAAAUACAGUCAGAAGGCGGGAACAAGACGAUACACAUAAAAGCGUUCCGUUCAAUUCCAAAAAUAAAGUUCCACACAAUUUUCAAUUUUGGACCCAUUCGGUCUCACGAGAAGAAAAAAAGAUCAUUUUAUAUCACGAACGAAGGAGAAGAAACCAACGUACUCAUAUUACCAAGGAAGCUAUUUAGCUUUUACGAAACACAGGAGAAAAUUGCAAGGGAGGAAAACAUACUAAAUUUGCUCAUAAAGAGGAAGGAAGAUUCAAGCGAGGCUUGCCAAAUUGGGGCACGUGACGGAGCUGGAGAAAUUAUUCAAGUGACGGAAAAGGAAGACACGUACUACACAUUCAAUAAUGUAAAAAGUUACUCUCAGAAUUUUCUCUACUUAUAUAAAUAUUUGUCCCAUAAUUUUGAGAAACUAUAUUUUGAGAAUAUUUUGCAAGAUUGUUAUUAUUUGAACUUGAAAAGGGGAGAGGAGAAGGUCGUUACUUUUGCCUUUAGAAGCGGCAAAAUAGGAGUUUACGAGAAGGAUUACCUCAUCGUAACGGACAUCGAAUGCGACUUUGGCGAAUUGGAAGACAAAAGAAAAUGUGAAUUUUUGAAAUGGAACCAAAUGAACGUUUUUCCGUUUUGUGUUAAGGCCUUGGUGGAGCCGCUGCUCUUAAAUUUGGUACAUAUAAAUGGGAAUGUGCCAGGGGAGUGUUACGAACGGAAGGUAGCAGAAUACCUGCAAGGGGGGAAAAGAGACAACUUGAGUUACUUUUUCUACAGCAGUUCUUUACACUCGAUUAGGUUUCCGGACGUCCAGGUUAACAGCGGAUACAGCGUUGCCGAAGUGGAGGUCCUGAACAAUGGGCUGAUUGACCUAAAAGUGUCAUGUAGCGUAUACGUAAAGGCAAACUCGCAAAGGGAGGAGAAGCAUAUCAUUUUGGACAAAGAAGACAAAGGGGUGUACUACUACAACGAGGUAUUCGAUGUUGCGUGUCCUCAUUUAUUAUACGAUAAAUUGGCAGAGGGGAAAUCCUCACCGAGGGAGGAAGAAAGGAAGAAAGGAAGGAAGGGGGGAAAAAAGAAAAUGUGCCCUGUGUACAUAUACCCAAAAAAAUUCACCUUAUCAUAUAAAAAGAGGCAAAAGAUACAUAUCAUUUUCAGGCCUCAAGAAAAACACGAAAAUUACAAAAAUUAUUGCUUCCUUUUGGUUAUAAAAAAUUUGAGCAAGGGAUCGGAUUUAAGCAUUGGUGAUUUGUUAGAAAUACAAAAAAAUGGAGGCGAAGGAAAUGGCGGAUUUCCGCUAGUGUGCGUUAGGGAGAAUAAAAUAAUUAAGGAUAAAAAAUGGAAUCAACGAUUCGAAAAUGACAUUUCAAAGUAUGAAGACUCGUCUUCACCGGAGGGUGACACAUGUUCGAGCUACUCCGAAAUAAGUCAAGAUGAAAGUUUAAAAAAAAAACAAAAUAAUAUGAAGACCUACUGUGGGAAGAAAAACAAGAAAAAAAAAUUCGUUGCGUUUUGCAUGGAUGUCUACGCUAAUAUAGUUAAUCCCAAUGUACAUGUAAAGACAAAAAAAUUGACCAAGUGUCUUUUACUAAAUCCGCUGCAUUUAUAUGAGACCAGUUUUACUAUAAAGAAUGCAAGCGAUUUUUAUGUUAAUUAUUGCUUUAAAAAUUUAAUUCCUUUGGAUGAUUUGUCUAAAGGGGAAAAGGGCGUUUCGUUUGAGAAGAAUAAAGGAGUUGUCGAGGGGAAAAACACCAACGCGUUGAAGUGUGAAGAGAAAGAAAAAACGCCUAUCCGUGGUGGGAUCCUCGACGAUGUUGCAGAGAGUAAAAGGAAAGAGGAUGACCCAUCUGCCGACAAAGAUGCUUGUCAGAUAUGCUAUUACAACUACGUAGAUGUGAUGCGUGACAUAAGAUUAGCUAAAAAGGGGGGCGAAGAAAGCAUCACGGAGAGUAGAAGCAGGAGCGGUAGAAGCAGUUCCGAUCGGGAAAAAACGAAAAUAAGGGACGGGGCAGAAAAUAGACCGAUCGGCAAUGAGGUGGAGAAGAAUAAAGCGGUUGAUAAAACGGGAAACACAGAUAAAGGAACUCAUCAAAUGUUAAUUAAGAAAAAUAUGACAGGGGGCGACACUAUGGGGGAAGCAAGUAUCCCCCCACACAGAGAGCACUUUCUCAAUUUGAACAAAAGGGUUAUAAAAUAUUUUUACGAAAGGGGAAAUAGUGAUGCGGUGAAGAUGUACGUGUUGGUUAAGAAUACGUCCAACGAAAUUUUUAAAAUGGAAAAUGAGGAAAUGGGGGGAAAUGUGGGAACAUUGCAAAGGCAGCAAAGGGAAGAGGUUGAUGGGGGUAAGAAGUGGACAAAAAAGGUAAAGAAUAAAAGUGUAACCAUUUUCAAAGUUGAAGGAGGUGAAUACUGCCUAAAACCACAUGAGAAAAAAAAAAUCUUUUUAUAUUUUCUAGUGAACCAUUACGGAUACCACGAAAUGAAUAUGAAUAUAAUUUUUUAUAUGGGUAAGUAUAUGCUGGAAAAAAAAGUUAAGGCGAGAAUAUUGACCAAAUGCAAAGGGAUUGGAAUAAGUAGAGACUCUUUCGUCUUCCGCAACAUUUACUCCCAUUACUGUUUUUGCAACAUGGUGAACAUUGAAAACUUAGAUAAGGACUUAAAAUUGCUGAAGUUGGGCCAGACGUUUGAAAAGCAGUGGGGGUUCAUCACCAUGUAUAUGCUUUAUUUGUCUGCCUUUAAAAAUAAGGAAAAAAAAAGGAGCAUAAUGACACGCGAAGAUCUGCUUAACCAUUUCAAGAGAAACUUUCAUUUAUUUUUAGAGGAAGAAAUAGACAAGAGUUGUGUUAAGCGGGAAGGUGAAGGGUACCAGUGCGACUUGUGCAGAUGUUCUUUUAAAUAUGAUUGUUGCAUCCACUUUUUUGAGAAUAAAUUUUUGGCAUGUACUGAUGGACAUGGGUAUUCUUACGAAUUUGGUUCGGAAAAAUAUAUUGUGGAAAAUAGAAAGAUGCGUAGUCUGAUGGAAGAACCUUCUCGUUGCAACCAUCUUAGUGACAAGUUGCAUGGAAUUUACAAAUAUCAUGCAGAUAAAGAUUUGUAUAUACAUAACAACAAGGCAGAGUUUGCGGCUCACCUUUUGAUGUAUCCAUCGAAUUUGUUAUUGCUUCCGUUAAGAGAAACGGUUUUCCUCUUUUUCGUGUUCCUUCCGCAUGCGGGAAGUAUAAGUCCCCUGCUCAGCAUAAACUGGAACAAAUUUCGAAGAGACAUCUUAAUUGAGGGCGAGUGCAAAAAUGGAAGCGUAAAAAUAAAAUAUGACAAAAAGAUAGGUAGUUGUAACCCUGUUAACACGAAAAGGGGAAAGAAUUACGUAGGAAUAUGCAGCGACACAUUCCACGUGAAGGUAAAAAAUUUAAACGAGUUAGACAUUUCUUAUAAAAUAUGCCAAUGGGGCAAGAAGGAAUUUGAAUAUAAUUAUCAUAAAAAGGAGUAUGUGGUAGUUUGGAAUUGUACUGCCAAGUUGGACUACUACUAUGAAGACUUCUACACCUUUGCGAAGGUUAAUAACGUGAAAAGGGAAAAGGACACGGGUUUUUUUUAUCAAAGUGGGGAAGAAUUAAAAGAGGAAAAGCACUCUUGUGUUAAGAAAAAUAGUGCACAAUAUAUGAAAGAGGGUCCCCUUUUGAAAGGAGAACCUUCCAUGGAAGAAGGUAGCAAAAUACACGGCUGUAUCAUCACGGCGGAUUGUCACUCAAAUGUGGUAAAGGGAAAUCAAAGUAAAACACACGAAUUUAGAUUGCUGAUUUUUCAUGAUGAUGACACAACGAAGGAUGAAAAUUUUGUGAAAUUAAAAUUUCCAGUAAAAUUGAACUAUUUUCAUUAUCGAGAAGUUAUAAAAGUGUCUUGUUAUUUUUCCCGACACACAUUUGAUUUUGUCCUAAUGAGAGAAGAAGACUUAUUGCUAUCUUUGUUGAGCUAUGUCAAAAUGGUUGUACGUGAGGGCAGAUGGUGUGAAAAGGGGGCCACUACUUGUGUAGGAAAUGAGACAGAUGGGGAGAAGGGAAUGAAGACAAACUGGACAGACUCGUUUGUAAAGGAACUUAUGGACGAACUGGACUUUAUAAAAAGACAAAAAAAGGAUGACAGAGUGUGGGGAGAAACAAUCAAUGAAUAUUUCGAGCAAAUGAAGAAGUUUUUUCCCCCCAAUUUUGAUGAAGAUGUGUUAACAGAGUUUAAAAAAUUUGUGUUCCAAAUGGAGUCAACAUUUGAAGGAAAGGAAAUGAUGUGUGAUAAAAUGAGCACAAAUGAAAAACACACAAAUGAUGUGGAUGGAACACAGGAAGAAGAAAAACCUGUCGAUGAAAUAAUUCACCAGGGAAGUUUACGUGCAGAUGGCCAUUUCUCCCAUGAUAAGGGUGAACAUACAAACAGAAAGGUAUAUGAAGGGGUGGAGAAAUUUGUUUGGGUACAUAAACUCGUACAUGGGCUGAACAAUAAAGUCGAUUACGAUUUUAUCGAUUUUGUGAGGAGGAAUAAGCGCGAAUUGAAUUUUACAUACGAACGAGGGGAAAUCACAGGGGGGGAGCAGAUGAAAAGUGUAACAAAAGACAAAAUAAACCCAGCCAAAAUGAACGAGGAGGGGAAAUGCCACCCUCAAGAUGAAUCCACAAACUUAUUCAAAAGCUACUGCUACGAACUGAAUAAGGAAAAUAGCACCAUAUACGUAAUAGUAAGCAACAAGAACAAAUAUGACCUUCACCUGAAGCUGCGUUCGGCUGCGCACAUAAAUGACAGUUUAAAUGAAGCAUUCCACUUGUGCAUAGAUCAUUUAAUUAUGAGGAAGAAAUGGCCAGGGAUUUCCCGUUUUUUAAGUGAAUACAAGUUGGAUAAAGGAGACAGUGUGCGUUGUAAGGGGGUCAAUUUAGACAUUGUGAAUUGUGGAGAUUAUAGCAAAUUAAAACACUUAAGCGCUGCAUAUGUAGGGAAAAACGAAAAAAAGGGAGACCACUAUUAUCAGUACGUGAGUAACAUUCUACGCGAAAAGAGGGAAUACUGUUUUGGCUUAAGAAGUAACUUUUUUGUGGACUCUGUCCAAUUCGAAAAUGUAUUAAGUUCCAUGAAAUGUUCCUUUAUAAAACUCCACUUGCAUGCAGACAAUGUCAAUUUGUAUGAGGAUAAAAUUAUGUUGAAUUUGAGCAAAAGCGAAAGAAUCUUUAAAAUAUUUAUUGCCUCCCACAUGAAAUCGUUGCACUUGUUGAGCCCACACAGGGAAACGAAAAAUGGCGACAAAUGCAUUUUUGUUAAUUCUCUUUUUAUAAAUAAGGAAAUUUUUAAAAAAUUCGAAGAGAUAAGCAGAAACGAGAAAAACGAAGAAGUAGACAAAAUAUGCAAGUGUUUUGAAGAAAUAUUAAAACCACGGGAAAUCGACAUAUUUAACUCUUCUAAUUUGAGGAAAAGGGUCCAUUACACUUUUAGUAAAAUUUAUCACAUUAGGCAUGACAAAGGGGGAAGAGGAAUAAAAGGUGUAGCAGAAGCGGAGGCAUCGCCACAAAGUGCGUGUAAAGGAGGGAAAAGGAGUGACGAAGGUUCAAAUGAAAAAUAUGAAAACCGAAGCGGAGAUGGUGACACAACGGAAGAUCCGUCCCACUCUUCGGACGCCGCAGAUAUCGCAGACAUCACAGACAUGAAUGACGAAGGGAGCGAAAUCAGAAUUGAGUGCGCGAACAAGUAUAUGGACAAGAAGGAGAAAGCGAAGGUGAAAUUAUUCUUGGAAAAUGUUUUACAUAAAGAAGGGAAACACUUAUACAAAAUUGACUGCAAUUAUAGCUAUGCCAAUCCGAUGGAUUCCACCUCUGAAGUUAAAAUUGAAACAGCUUGCGAUGUUUUAAAUGAAAAAUUAAAGAACUUGCUCUCUCUACAGUUUUAUCUAUCGGUUAAUGUGGAAAGACCGAGAAUCACGCUACUACAUAACAGUAAAAUCUCUUAUGGCAAGAGGAUAAAAUUCGAUUUGAACUAUUUCAACAAAAAGGCGUACAAAAGAAUUGAUAAAAUGUACAAAAGCCAAGUGAUUAAUGACAUAUUAUAUGAAGACGUGAACGAAGUAAAUGAAUAUUUUGAUCAGACGUUUUUGAAAAACAAAAAUCUAAAGUUGUAUUUUUGCAAUCAGCAGCAGAUUCCUUUUUACGCGUACAUAUACACGAAAAAGUUCCUUCAAAUAAAAAAUGUCUACAUAGGUCACGAAGAGUUUGACCAUUCCAACACGAAAAUUUACUACAUCAAGAGCAAAGGUAAGGUUUGCGUAAAGCUAGAAGUAGAUGAACUGAAGCUGAAAAAUGAACUAAAAAAUAAUCCAAGCCGUAAUAUGCCCACGAAGAGUGCAAUAGACAAAAAGUACAUACAAGAGGAUUUUCUAACAUUCCAAUAUUUAACAAGUAAAAGGCAACAAAGGUUUUGUGUGGAAUGUCAUUAUAGCGUGCCCUUUUUAAUCAUCAAAGAGAACCAGCACAUAUUUCGAGAGUUUAAUAACUUGAAGAAGAAAAAUCAGAAAAUAGAAAAUUGCAGAGAGCUGAACGAAAUUGAGAGCAACCUUUCUGACAAAAUAAAGGCGGGAAAAAUAAUAUAUAGUGAAAUUGAAAUGAGGAACAGCGCCUAUUUUAUUUCCAUCAGUUUUAGUGAAUUAAAAAUGUACAAACUUUGUCUGUUUUUGUUUAAUACGACGAGAUUUCCCGCCACAUGGGCUGUAAAGGAGGACGACCCACAUAGCAAUAAUUCUUACUCCUUAAAAGGCGCCGAUAAUAAAGUAUUCCACUUCAGUAAAACGAAAGACAUCCUAUUUGGAAAAACAUACGACAUGCAUGACGUGAACCUUGGAAAAGACGAAAACUGGAAUAACCCUUUUCUCUUUCCCGAUUACAUUAUAGUAACAUUCACGCCAACCAACAAGAGCGACGUAACAAAAAAAUACUGCAUUGACGUUACCGAUGGCGAAAAGAUAGAUUUUUAUUUAAAGGGAGUUUAUAUACCAAAAAAUGAUGAACAAACGAAAAAUAGUUAA